AUGCGCGUGCAAGCUGCACACGGUCACAUCACGCCGCCCAAGGCCGGAGAACAGCCCGGCUGUCAAUCUGCGGAGAAGCCAGUGACAUUCUGCCAUGCCGUGGUUCAAGGAAAGAAAGAUCUGGUGAACUCAUGUCACCAGAAUUCAGUUAUGAUCCGACCUCCUGAGGAGCGACCCAAGGUGUUUUUUACAAGCGGUCGCUUUGCAGGAUCGCAGGCACCAUUUCCUCGCCCAGAUGCCGCCAGUACCCUGCGUGGCGCCGUCACCAGCACCACCCAGCAAGGUGUGGAUAGCAAUGGGUCCCAAAGCCAAGAUACGGUUGCGCCAGGACACACCCGGAACCGGUUGAACGUGCACCACGCAUCUCAAAUGAUCCUUCCUCGCGCAUCUGCUUCUUGGGAUACUCUGGGGUUCCUCUUGCUUCCUGUGCCAUGGCUAGUUGCAUCCUCGCUUGGCUGUCCGGCUCAUCGUCCUCGCCCAUUGGAGGGAACACUUGUCCCCCGUGAGAUGAGGUGGACAUAUGAGAUUAUCGAUGUCAAGAACUCUUCGGAGGUAGGACGCAACUACAUUUGGGAUAUCUGGGCCAAUCUAGCCGCCCAUGUCAAAAUUUGGACUGACUACACCCGAGAUACUGGCGAGGGACAAUCGAUGGCAGCUAGCAAAAUGGAUGAGAUUCAUAAUCUCUGGUACAAUCUGACAGAGAACGACCUCUCCGCUGGAAUCAGGAUAUUAGCCAGAUUGUGA